UGCCUCACUCUUCUUUCUCUACCUCCUCCUCCAAGAAUCAAUGGAAGCCAUGAAUGGCUGGCUCUCCUUCCCCAUGUACGAAAGUUUCAAUCAUGAUCUUGCCAUUCGAAGGUUUUGCCCAGCUCGAAUGGAGCAAGAACAAGGAAGUGGAGAGUGGGAAGAAACAGUAAUGAAUGAGUUUGAACUUCUUUCUCCUUCUGAUGAUGCCACCAGCACUCCUCAUGACUUAGCUGCUUCUGAGGUGGAUGAAUUGGUGGAUAGUUUCAUUAAUGUGGAUCACCAAGACAACGGACAUGAUGAUCACCACCAAUCACCUGAUGAUCUCGAAUACCAAGAUCAUUUCGAUCACUUCCAACACGAUGAGAUGGUGGAGACAUUUUCGAUGUUGAACGAUAUUUUUGUAGAUGUUCCAAUGAUGAUAGGAGGGGGUGACUUAGAGAUGAGCACUGGCUCAAUUGAAAACUCUGCUGCUGUUGGUCCUGGUAUGGUGCCUAGUAUGGAAGAGGUUAGUUAUGGUGUAGAUCGAGGCCUUCACUUAGUGCACUUAUUGUUGGCUUGUGCUGAAGCUGUGGGCUGUAGAGACACACAAUUGGCAAACUCAGUGCUCGCCCAAAUUUGGGCUUCAGUUAACCCUUUUGGUGAUUCUUUGCAAAGAGUUUCCUAUUGCUUCGCGUUGGGUUUGAGAUCAAGAUUGUCACUCCUUCAGAAUGCGACCUCAAAUGGCACAUUCGCUAAUGCUGCCAUAGAAGUGUCGUUGAUCACUAGGGAAGAGAAAAUGGAAGCUUUUCAACUCCUUUACCAAACAACUCCUUACGUUGCUUUUGGUUUCAUGGCUGCAAAUGAAGCUAUAUGUGAAGCAGCAAGAGGGAAGGACGCAUUGCAUGUGAUUGAUCUAGGAAUGGAUCACACCCUUCAGUGGCCUUCUUUUAUCAGAACUCUAGCUUCUAGACCUGAGGGACCACCGAAAGUCAGAAUUACAGGAUUAAUCAAUGAUCAUCAAAAUUUGUUAGAGCUUGAAGCUAGCAUGAAAGUACUAGCAGAGGAUGCUAGCUCGCUAGGCGUCUCAUUGGAGUUCAACAUGAUAUUAGAGUCAGUGACUCCAUCACUUCUAACAAGAGAGAAUCUUAACCUGAGAGACGGGGAAGCAUUAUUUUUCAAUAGCAUCAUGCAUCUGCACAAAUUUGUGAAAGAGAGUAGAGGCUCCCUCAAGGCAAUCCUCCAAGCAAUCAAGAGACUGAGUCCAACAUUGCUCACUGUGGUGGAACAAGAUGCAAACCAUAAUGGUCCCUUUUUUCUUGGGAGAUUUCUUGAAUCUCUACAUUACUAUUCAGCCAUUUUCGAUUCCCUUGAGGCCAGUCUUCUUCCACGAAAUAGCCGGCAAAGGAUGAAGAUAGAGAAGCUUCACUUUGCAGAGGAGAUUCGGAAUAUUGUAGCUUAUGAAGGUUGUGAUAGGAUUGAGAGGCAUGAAAGGGCAGACCAAUGGAGAAGGCAAUUAGGAAGAGCUGGAUUUCAAGUAAUGGGGUUGAAGUGCAUGAGCCAAGCUAGAAUGAUGCUGUCUGUCUAUGGCUGUGAUGGUUAUACUCUUGCAAGUGAUAAGGGUAGUCUUCUCCUUGGAUGGAAAGGAAGGCCCAUCAUGUUAGCAUCUGCAUGGAAAGCGCAUAAUGUUCCUUCUUCCUAAUCCACCUCCAUAGUACCGCCAAACGGAGAAGUACUAGAGAGGAGAAAGUAAUAAGAUGGAUUAUUAUCUUGCAAAUAAUUAUAUAAUCCCACCAAUGUCCCUAGUCAUAGAAAAUACAUCUUUGUUCUCUAGGAAUCUUUUCAGAAUUUCUCUUCUUAGGGCUUCAUAUUCUUUUAUUCUACGUAGCAAUUGCAAAUUACACUACUACUACAU